AGAAUCCAAUCCGGUUUGAGCUAGUUUUUCUUCCUAUGGAACAUUAAGUCUCGCAGCGCUGUAUUAGACUGUACUGGUACAGCUUUAUCCAGAAUAUACCACUGUAUUUACGUCUGUAUUCAGCAACAUUUAGCUGGACUGUUUUUUUCUUCCAUUUUUAAAAACACACCCCACACAAACCAACCAUGCCUAAAAAGAACAAAACAUCAUCAGCAGGUGACUCAGUGCCCGCUAAGAGAAGAUCUCUCAGGUUGAGUCAUAAACCUGAACCUGCAGCCCCAGAGCCCAAAGCUAAGCCAAAGAAGGCACCUGCUAAGACAAAGAAAGCAAAGGAGGUGGAGAAGGCCAAGCCUGAGGAGAAAGCACCAGAAGCUCCAGCUGAGAAUGGCGAAGCCAAAGCUGAGGAAGAGGCACCAGCUGAGGAUGCAGCUGAAGAAAAAAAGGACGCAGAAUAACAUUUCUCAAACCACAUCUUUUACCAGUGCUCCCUGUACCUCUUUUCUUGUACAAUUCAGGGGAAUAUUUUUAUCAACUAUUUUCUAAAUACAGGUUUUUUAGUAGUUUGAUUGUAGAGAACACUUUUUUUUUAAAUGAAAAAACAAAAUCAAUUUGGAGAUGGGAAUUUCAUCACAUCCCACAAUUUUGCAUCGCCAUAAAUUUUGCGGUCAUUGUUGUUGCUGUCAGUGGAUUUCAUUUCAGUUUUAAAUGUGAAGGAAGGGGGAGGGUGGGGGUGCAGGACAGGUUACCACGGCUACACGCAAGCACGACGUUGACAGGAGCGGGGGCAACAACCACAAGAGCUUGCCUGCGUGGAUUACAUUCCAUAUGCUUUAAAAGGGACAGUGUAUGUAAUCUGUGCUGGGGUGGGGAUGGAUGAAGACACAGGGCAACUCAUUGUUUUAUUGUUUGAAAUGAUGAACAGUGUUUUAGGAUGUUUGUAAGCUUUGUUCCUAUGUGUUAACUCUUGUACUGAUGCAGUUUUCUUAAUGAACCUGAUCAAUAAAGCUAAAAAUCCUUAGUAUUGGAGCUCUCCCUUUCAGAACUGUGCAUCGCGUGUGUUGGUUUGUCUCUGUUCUGUGAUAGCAUCGCAAUAAAUUUGUAUAGCUGCUGUGAAAAGGGUUUUCAAACUUUCUAUAUGCAGUGUGUAAUGGUACAUUGUAAGGAUGGUAAAAAUGGAAUUUGUUUUCUUAGCAAAGCUAUUUGAGGUGUGUAACCAUAAGAAACAAGACACUUGAGACUGGUUUCUUAGGGCCAACUGUCAAAGUGUACAUUUAUUUGAGAUGUCAAAUGCAUACCAGCAGUAGCAAUAUUCAUGUGGGUUUUAGGUAUCUGUAUUAAGUACAAGUGUGCAGUUUUUUUUUAUCUGUUUAUAGAUGUACCUGUGUAAUGAUUGUUAUCAACAAACCAAUAAAACUCAGUUGGUAGUUGUUA